CUUAUAUGUAAAAUUAUAAAAUAAUGCAUCAUACAAUGUUGAAUUAAUAGACAGAUGAUUUUUCUAGCGCGCGAUCAUCUAGACUGAUCUAGACGCUCCUAACAUUCAGGGUCUUGCGCACAAAAAGGCAAUAAACGAUCGUAAACGCGGUCGAGUGUACCUAACGAGGGCACGCGUUUAUAACGGCGACCUGUCGGCGGCGAAGUGGCAAGGAACAAUUGAAGAGAACCGAGAGUUUUUCUUCCCAGAUCCACCCUUCGUAUAAUUGAAUAGCGGCGGAUUAUCGGAUGAUUGAACCGACCACCGAGGUACGCGAGAACGGACGGAUGUGGGAGUAGGCUAAUCGAGUUUACGGCCGCAACGUAAUCGUCGGAAGCGCGUGAGGGGACGGAAGUUUGAUCGAUUGUUUGUUUAUCGCGAGGUAAAUCUCGUCGCUUGUGUUCCUCGAGGGCCUCGUUGUUGCGUAGCUGCUGAGCGAACCGUCGGCAUGAUGGAGAAGCCAGUUUCGUCGGACAUAGUCAUCGUCGCGGGCAAUUCUCAUCCGGAGCUCGCCAACCUGAUUGCAAAUCGUUUGGGAGUAAAGCCUGGUGGUUGCUCCGUGUACCAUAAGUCAAAUCGCGAGACAAUGGUGGAGAUAGGUGAUUCCGUGCGCGGCAAGGACUUGUAUAUAAUCCAAACCGGCUCGAAGGAUGUAAACAAUAACAUAAUGGAGCUUCUCAUCAUGGCCUACGCAUGUAAGACAUCAUCGGCCAAAAACAUCGUCGGGGUGAUUCCGUAUCUACCUUAUUCCAAGCAGUGCAAAAUGCGCAAGCGCGGUUGCAUAGUGUCCAAGCUCUUGGCAAAGAUGCUAUGCACCAGCGGCCUAACUCAUAUUAUCACCAUGGACCUCCACCAGAAAGAAAUCCAAGGAUUCUUUGAUGUUCCCGUGGAUAAUCUCAGAGCUAGUCCAUUCCUUCUGCAGUACAUUCAAGAAUCCAUUCCUGAUUACCAUAAUUCUGUGAUCGUUGCAAGAAAUCCAGGUAGUGCAAAGAAAGCGACUAGCUAUGCUGAAAGGCUACGACUGGGAAUCGCAGUGAUUCACGGAGAACAAAGAGAAGCUGAAUCCGACAUGAACGACGGUCGCUAUUCGCCACCUGCCCUAGCAAUGGCCGCGCGUACGAUGGAAGUUGGCGUGGGUGUGCCUUUACAUCCAGCGAAGGAAAAGCCACCUAUAAGCGUUGUCGGGGAUGUCGGAGGACGCAUCGCUAUUAUGGUGGACGACAUGAUAGAUGAUGUACAGUCGUACGUAGCAGCUGCCGAGGCACUUAAAGAGAGAGGAGCUUACAAAAUAUAUGUCUUAGCUACACAUGGUUUGCUUAGCUCAGACGCGCCUAGGCUCCUCGAGGAAUCCCCGAUCGACGAGGUCGUUGUAACCAAUACAGUUCCCCACGACGUGCAGAAGAUGCAAUGCCCGAAAAUCAAGACUGUCGACAUUAGCGUUCUUUUAGCAGAGGCAAUUCGACGUAUACACAAUAAGGAGUCGAUGUCGUAUCUGUUUAAAAAUGUAACUUUGGAAGAUUAGAAACUAGACGAUUAUUGCACAUGAAAAGUUACAACUUGAGCAUGAAUAAAUGACGAUUGAAAGUCACAAAAAAUUCAAUGCCGGGGACCAUGUCCAGAAUACAUAUCCGUCUCUUAAUUUUCUACACUAUUUUUAUAUUUCCCCAACUUGUGAAAUAAUAGUGGACGUAUAAACUAGACCCUUGCGUUCAUCAGUGAAGAUAAUCGGCCGAAUGUCUUUAUGUACAUGUUCCUUUGUAGUCACCUUUUCUCUAUAGUCCAUAUUAGAUUAAUAUAAAAUAGCCAAUUGUAAGCGUAUUCGAAUACGUAAUAUAGUCAUUGCAUAUAAUAGAUACUGUACAAUUUUAGAACUCUGUAAAGUCAGUAUAGACGUGUAUUCUAUGCUUACCAGUGAUCUAGUGCUAGUUUUAUUGUAUAAUUAAAAGUGUAUUUUAGAUCAAGACAUAAUAAAUAUAUUUCAAGAUA